CCGCGCUCGGAGCCCCCGCCCCCGCCGCCGCCGCCGCCGCCGCCGCCGCCGCCGCCACUGCCGCCGCCACUGCCGGCCUCGGACGCGUGGACGAGCCUCCUCAGGAAUUCUGUCCACCUGUCUCAGAGAGGAGCGGUCCCCAGCAGCCAGGCCGGCCCUCCCCUGUUCCCUGCCCCAGGAUGGGCGAAUUCGGCGAGAAGGGCGCGCCAUGCGGCACCAUCUGCCUCAAGUACCUGCUUUUCACCUUCAACUGCUGCUUCUGGCUGGCUGGCCUGGCCGCCAUGGCCGUGGGCAUCUGGACGCUGGCCCUCAAGAGCGACUACAUCAGCCUGCUGGCCUCGGGCACCUACCUGGCCACAGCCUACAUCCUAGUGGUGGCCGGCAUUGUUGUCAUGGCGACCGGUGUUCUGGGCUGCUGUGCCACUUUCAAGGAGCGGAGGAACCUGCUGCGGCUGUACUUCAUCCUGCUGCUGCUCAUCUUUCUGCUGGAGAUCAUCGCCGGGGUCCUGGCCUACGUCUACUACCAGCAGCUGAGUGCAGAGCUCAAGGCGAACCUGAAGGACACUCUGAGCAAGCGCUACCGCCAGCCGGGCCACGAGGGUGUGACCAGCGCCACGGAUAAGCUGCAGCAGGAGUUCCACUGCUGCGGCAGCAACAACUCCCAGGACUGGCAGGACAGUGAGUGGAUCCGCUCAGGUGAGGCAGGCGGCCGUGUGGUCCCUGACAGCUGCUGCAAGACGGUGGUGGCAGGCUGCGGGCGGCGGGACCACGCCUCCAACAUCUACAAGGUGGAGGGCGGCUGCAUCACCAGGCUGGAGACCUUCAUCCGGGAGCACCUGAGGAUCAUCGGGGCCGUGGGCAUCGGCAUCGCCUGCGUGCAGGUGUUCGGCAUGAUCUUCACGUGCUGCCUGUACAAGAGCCUGAAGCUGGAGCACUACUGACCUGCCACGGGCCCGGGCCCCACGCCUGCACCGCAGCUUCUCAGGAUGCGCUGACUACUGACGGCUUGGGGCUGCGGUCCCAGGACGCGGCUCCUCCCCUCCCACACUGCCAGGGAGGUAGUGUCCUCGUGCCGGGGCCCACGACCGUGCCAUCACCACGACUCCUGGGGACCGCCAACCCCAGAGGGAGCUUCAAGUGCCUUUAGCUGCCACCAAAGUCCCACGGCCCAGCCCGGUCCCUCCUGCCUCUGGGGUGGCUGGGGCUUGAGCUCAAACCGUAAAGGCCCCGUGCGUGCUACCUUCUCCUCUGGGGUAUUGUUCCCUGAUAACCUGGCUCCGUCACGGGGCUGGUCUGCGCCGAGUUAGGCGGAAGCUGGCCAGCCUGGGGCCAGUGCCAGGCGGCAGGCAGCAGGUGAGGAAGCCGGGUGCCUGCCCGCUCCAGGAAGAGCAAGAGCCCUCCCGGUCUGGCCUCUGCGCCCACUUCCCUGCUGCUCCCACCACCAUCUAAAGGCCCAGAUGGACGGCCACACGCUGACGCCCCCUCCGGGGCAGGGCAGCCCUCUGGGCCUCCUUCACUGCUGUAUCCCCAUGCCUAGGACUGCUCCUGCUUUGUGAUAGGUGCUCAAUAAACGCCUGUGGACCAGA